AUGACCGAAACAACAGAAAUGAUUGAACCUAAAAAAGAAGCAACAAUAAACAAUAAUGAUAUAAUGAUAUCCGAUACAGAGUUCUUAUCUGUGAAGCUAGAGCACUUGAGCAGCGCUGACGCAAAGAAACGAGUGCACGAGCAUGACGAGGGAGACGCUCAUGAUAACCAAAAAGCGGCGCUAGAAAAGGCAAAAAACUUUGCUCGAGAUAUGCAAGCGGUGUUAUUAAAAUCUGCCGGAAAAAACAGCACUCCACCUCCAAUACCUUCAAUUCUUCUAUCAUCGAAUCCUGGGCUAGCGUCUGGAAUUGAUCCUCGCUCGUUAUCUGUACUAUCGCGAAUUUACGUCGGUUCAAUUAAUUUUGAGCUGACUGAGCAACAUCUACGUGUGGUGUUUGGUCAAUUUGGCGCGAUAAAAAGUGUGAGUAUGUCGUUGGAUCCGAUUACUGGCAAACACAAAGGAUUCUGUUUCAUUGAAUUUGAGACACCCGAGGGCGCGUCGCUUGCUCUAGAUUCGAUGAAUGGCGCGGAAUUGGGAGGACGACAACUAAAAGUUGGACGACCAAAUAAUUAUACGGCUGCGACAGCCGCUGGUUAG